GUCCGUAGUUGCUCGAUGCAAUCGGCAAGUCGUCUGACAGCAGCAGGAGCAGAGUCUACGAUAUUAAUCGAAUUUGGUUUUAGAGCGUCUCUUAAUCUGUGCAAACUUGGCCAAUUUAUUAGAAACACAACUUGAUACACACAAAAUAAAAGAAUGGCAGGAAUUCGGGGUAAGUUGAGUUUUGCACAUGAAAUAUUUGUCACGUUGUGCAAACUCUGCGAUGUGCUGCUCACCUUUCCUUUGCAACAACCGAUUUUGUGACUCAUAUACUUCCGUCUUCUACCAAGUCAUUUACUGCAUCGGCUAAUUUGUGGAUUAUUUUCUUUGUUUCAUUAAUAUGGAAUCACUCUGCAACUUGGAAUCGGUUUUUCCUUUGUGUGACAUUCUCCCCCCAUGUUCAGCCCUUAUUGGAUUAGCCUUCUCAGGCUCUAUCGGAAUGACUUUUCUUGUUCUGGCUUGUGCCUUGCCGCAGUACAGCAACUGGUGGCCAUUUUUCAUGGUAGCAUUUUACCUUUUGGCACCCUUCCCAGUUGUCAUUUCACGAAGGUAUGGAGAUGGAACAGGAAACACAAAUCCCUGUCGUGAAAUUGCCAUGUUCAUAACAGCAGUCAUUGUUGUGUCUGCCUUCGGUCUACCCAUCAUCCUAGCAAGAGCCCCAGAGUUGACGCCAGUGAUCAUGUGGGGAUCAGCGGGUCUGGUUAUCACGGCCAACAUAAUCGUCUUUCUCACUAUCUUGGGAUUUUUCAUCGCUUUCGAUAACGACGAUGUGGAUUACAGUAUGUGGUGAGAAUCCUUGUCCGAGGUGCCAACAAGUCCACAUCUCUGUAAAUAGGGCAAUUAACUUUUCGGUUUGUUUGGCUUUCAUCUCUUAAAAAUAUGGUCUCGAAUUCGUCGAGCAGACAUUUCCUUUCUAUCAUUUCUUUUGUCUUAACAAACCGUUUAAUCUAUAAGCGCUUUCACCUCCCAUCUUAAUCGCCUGAUAUUUGAGAAAAGAAAAAACUUUUUCUUUUGUUUUGUUUCAUAUAAACACAUUUCUUGUAUUGUGUUGUUGGUUGUCCAGAGGAUCACGUUGACGACGCGUUAACAUAAUAUACAACUUCAAAUACAAA